UUUCGUCCCAAGGACGUUCCAGUGUCCUUGAAUGACACUAGAACUACAAAUUAUGAUCCUUCAAAUCUAACCUCAAACUGUCAUUCAACAGUGUUCCCAACAAAAAUAUAUUUUAUAUAAUAUUAAUUUGAGUAAAGUGAUAUGUGAUGUUGAUUAUCCUACAGUGACUUUAUUAAUAAAGUCACUAUAGAUUUUUCUAUCUUGUAUUAAAUGUAUAUAGAAAAAUGAAUAAAUUACAAAGGAUUCUAUUUGUUACUCGAACAUUGCCUACCAAUUAUAAUUAUAGUACCAAUACUACAUCUCUUUAUUGCUUAGAUCUGGUGAAGAAAUUCGACUAUGAAAAUUUUAUGACUGUGCUUCUGUUAGAAAAUACCUCAAGAUCAACAGCUCUAGCUGUAAGAAGCUUCAAUGUGGAACUAUCAAAAGUCUCUGAGCAAACAAGCCAAAUUAAUACAGGUCAGGCUAGAUUACAGUUUUGGGAGAAUACAAUAGAGGCGUGUUACAAGGAAGAUGUUAAAAAAGUACCUCAACAUCCAGUGGCAAUGGAAGUAUACAAGGCAGUUAAGCGAUCAAAUCUCACCCAAAGAUAUUUCAAAAACUUAAUAAAAUGUCGUCAUGAUUAUCUCAAUCGAAACUUUUUUGGGUCUUUAGAGGAAAUGGAGAAAUAUUCAGAGAGUGCUGUGUCAAAUUUAUAUUAUCUUAUUCUCGAAGGUUGUGGUGUCAAGAAUAUGCAUGCAGAUCAUGUAGCAUCUCAUUUGGGAAAGGCCCAAGGAAUAUUGAAUUUAUUACGAAGCUGUGUUGUUGCAAGGAAACUUAAUUUCAUAUCAAUACCACAGGAAAUUUUAGUUAAGUACAGUGUUAGUGAUCAAAGUAUAUUGAAUGGAGCAUCAAGUCACAAAUUAAAUGACUGCGUAUUUGAGGUUGCUAGUAGAGCUCAUCACCAUCUUCAAAAAGCUAGAAAGUUAUCAGAUAAACUUCCUAGCAAUUGUAAUUCAGUCUUUUUGCCAGCUGUUACUAUUGAUGGAUACCUUACCAAACUACAAGUUGUAGGUUAUGACAUUUUUCAUCCAUCCUUGAAAAGAAAACCUUUGUUCUGGUUACCUAAGUUAAUGUGGUAUAAAUACAGAAAUAAAUAUUAAUCAUAGA